CGCACCUCAUUUGCUCAUUUUCACAUUUGCCACCUUUCGCUCGAGAGCGUGUCAAAUCUAAUGAAGGCUAUCCUCAUCCUCUCGACAAUGGCGGCGGCGGCGUCGGCCAAGGUCGCCAGCUCGGUGCUCCGUGCGCUUGAAGUCAACGGCAACGCCGACGUCUUUGUCCGGUUCGCGGAUGCCUCGUCGGCGCUGGAAGCCGCGACACUCGAGUCCAACAAGCCGUUGGAGCGCCAAGAAGUCUUUGAAAUUCUCUCGGACGCCACGGCGACGGGCCAAAAAAGCAUCGAAGCGGCCACCGCCGGGUUUGAAGUGACGCCGACGUGGAUUGUCUCGGGCGCGUUCAUCAAGGCAGCUGACAAGGCGCUCAUCGAGAAGCUGACGCAGAACCGAGCGAUCAAGUCGGUCGAGCAAGUGCCCGAUAUGCAGCUCGAGCCGGUGCUCUCCAAGCCCACCACGGAGGCAGUCGCCGCGCCUGCUGCGUCGCCGAACCAAUGGGGUGUCGACACGGUUGGUGCCCCGGACAUCUGGAAGUACACCAACGGCUCCGGUAUUGUCAUUGGCUCCAUCGACACGGGUGCCCGCCACACGCAUUUGCUUUUGAAGGACUCGUGGCGUUCGGAUCGUGGCUGGUACGACCCGUACAACCACACGGCACUUCCCGAAGAUCUCGGUGGCCACGGCACCCACACGCUCGGCACCAUGGUGGGCAACCGCGGGUACGGUGUCGCUCCUGGUGCGCAGUGGAUCUCGUGCCGCGGUCUCUACGUCAAGAGCGGGUCGGCGCAGGCGCUUCUCGAGUGCCUGCAAUUUAUGAUCUGCCCGACGCGCACGGACGGCACGCAUCCCGACUGCUCCAAGGGCGCGGACGUCAUCAACAACUCGUGGGGCAGCAAGACCUUCCACCCGGUGUACGAAGAAGCGAUUGCGUCGAUCCGCAAGGCCGGCAUCACGCCCAUCUUCUCCAACGGCAACGAAGGCCCGGCUUGUGGGACGACCGGUAGCCCCGGGACGUACCCGAAUGUCAUCUCGGUCGGCGCCAUUGGCUCGUACACGAACGAACCCAACAAGCUCGCGUUCUUCUCGUCCAAAGGCCCUGGCAAGUACAUUGAUGCGCACAACGUGCCGCAGACGAUCGUCAAGCCGACGAUCUCGGCCCCCGGCUUCUUUACGCUCUCGGCCUACAACCACAGUGACACGGGGCUCGCGUACCUUGCCGGUACCUCGAUGGCGGCGCCGCAUGUCGCUGGUGUCGUGGCGCUCCUCAAGUCCGUCAAGCGCGACCUGACGUACGACGAGAUUUAUGCCUAUUUGACGCAAACAGCCGACCGAACGCUCGAGAGCGAGCCCAACGAGUGGCUGGUACCCAACAAGACGUCCAACAGCACGGAUGUUUACCCCGGUGCCUUCAACUGCGGUGGUGUAGAUGAUACCAAGUGGCCUAACAACCGGUACGGCUACGGUCGUGUGAACGUCGCCAAGAUUCUCGCCGGUGGCAAGUUUGCGGCCGUCGUGACCCCGACGCCGGUGCCGCGGACGACGCCGCCGGCGCCGAUUCAAACGAAUUUUUGCACGUACAAGAAGAAGGCACUCUCCGAGCGGAACCACGGCUUGUACAUUGACACAAUCAAGAACAACAAGAACGAGGGCUUUACGAUUGACCGCGUCAACAACAUCAUUGCGGCGUACGCGUCCGAGAAUGAAGACUCGUUUUGCCUUGCGCUCACCAAGGAUGCUACCAACACCAACGCGGCGACGCUCACCAAGUGCAAGGGCGACGAGACGCAGAUCUGGAAGUUUGACACGGCCGCAAAGCGCAUCGUCCACCCCCAAUCCGGCUUUUGCCUGACCUCCAACGCCGCCAAGCUCGGUGCCGGUCCCAGCGUCGCUCCGUGCUCGCCCAGCGCCGUGAGUCAGUACUUUGACGCGUGCGACAACAUCAAGGAGAAGAGCUACGUCAAGCUCAUCACCAAGAACAACAAGGUCAUCUCCGAGUUCUACUCGGGCGUCUACGCCGACUGGGUCUCGGACUCGGCCAACGAGCUCUUCACGUACGACAACAACGCCAAGACGCUCCAGGUUGCCAGCAACGGCGAGUGCCUCGACGCCUUCCGCGACGGCGACAAGUUUGGUCUCCACACGUACGCCUGUGACGCUACCAACGCCAACCAAAAGUGGAUCAUCGACGCCGGCAACCACAAGAUCAAGCACGCGACGCACAACAACUUGUGCUUGGACGUCGACCCGACGAGCCCGAGUCAUGCGGCGCAGGUGUGGGAGUGCCACAACGCCAACACCAACCAGUGGAUCGACGCUGUCGCCUACUAAGUCGUUUGGCGAUUUCAGCAUAACUCUGUGUG